AGUGACAUUUCAGCUAAAAAAGUUUUGAUAUUUUCAUUGUAAUUUCGAUUAAAUGUCUGCUAAAGUUGUCAAUUUUCACUGAACUUGAACUUUAUGAAACAUUUAAAAACAUAAAAUUUGUCACGGUGUAAUAUCGUGCCCAUUCGUGCCAUCCACUCAUUUGGUGGAGCUGUGCAGCAACAAAAUUGAAAAUGGCCUGGCAACAGAAUUGGUCGCAACCGCUAAACAAUUUUGCGAUGCCUGCCGUUCCGAAUCAGCCGCCGCAAAUGGGUGCCUACAAUCCCAUCAAUUCGAUGCAAUUCAAUCCGACAAUGACACCAGAACAACACUUUGCGAUGCAACAGAACUGGCAGCAGUGGCAAACUUAUCAACAGCAGUAUGCACAAUGGCAAGCUACGUAUGGCGAAAAGUAUCAACAGGAGAUGCAACAGAAAUUUGGUCAAAACACAUCGAUUAUGCCGCCCAUUGUGCCACAAAUGGGUUCGGUGUCAUCCAUGCCACCAACAUCAAUUAGUCAUUUACCUCCACCUCCGCCCAAUCAACCAGCGCCUUUACCACCGCCACCUCCAGAUCAAACAAACAGCAAUAGUUCACAUGAUUCGUCAAAUCAGCGACCAUUUCAAGCGACUGCAGUGUCAGCUAGAUCCACACACUUUCCGAAUCAACCGGCUGUGAAUCAACAGUUUAACAACAGAGGUGUGGCCAGUGGAAUCGGUCAAAAUGCAGUUCCAUUCUCCGGUCACGCUGGACGCAAUCAAUUCGAACCGGUAACCACCAAUAAUGCUGCUCCAACGACAAAUAAGUUUGUCGCCGAGCCAUUGAAUCAAGUCACCGAAGACGUGACCGAUAAGACACCGGAAGAAAAGGCCUUCGACGAGCAGUUUAAAAAGUGGGAAGAAGAGUUUACCAAAUGGAAAUUACAGAAUGCCAAUCAUCCGGACACGCGGGCGUACAUGGAAUACGAGCAGAAAAUGGAAGAAUGUCGAACGAAGUUGCUGGAGCGUAGGGAGCAAAUGAAACGAAGGAAACUGGAAUUGCUGCAACAACAACAACAGCAACAGCAACAGAAACUACAGCAAUUGCAAUCGCCGCUACAAAAUACUUCCGUUCCGCAAGAUCAAUUGUCACGCGUAUCCAAUGAACACAAUCCUAUCGGUUACAGUCAGUCCAGUGGGUCGUCAGAAAUCAACGAUCCAAUGGACAAAGUUAAUUGUAGCAGUGAUGUAGUUCCACCAUCGCUGGAGACUUCCUCAAACAGUCAAUUGUUCAACCGAGGUUCCGUGAUUGGGUCGGGUAUACCAGGAUUGGAUUUGGUUGAGGACAGGCCGAACGAUAACGAUGCAGACGUCGACAACGAUACGGUCGUCAUCAAUGACAUAUCACCGAAACGGGAAGAUAAAAUGGCUCAACCGAUUGCCAACGCUCAACGACCGGACCUAGAAGCCAUUUCCAGGGGAAUCACAAGCAUAUUAGGUGAUCCGAACCUUGCGUCGUUGCUGUCCAACAUCCAAUCGAAAGCGGUUUCGAAUCCGGUAGCAAAAUCUGCCAUUCCAUCGCUACUUGAUAUGAAGAUGCCAGAUAUUGAUCCGGACUCCGUUCCUCGAUUCAACUGGAGAGACGACGAUGACGAUGAUGACGACGACGAUGAUGAUGAUGUUCAUGAGGGCCAAAACUCGCAUUCGUCGUUCCAUCAACCGCAAGAGAUCGACUCGUCCAGCAACAAUCAAUCGAACGAGAACACUCAAGCGAUCAAUUCCAAUCAGCUGAACAAUUGCGACGAUGAUCCAUACGAUGACGAUUUCGAUCCGAAUCGGGAACAUGAACGAUUCGCCGGCGAUAUGAAUUACGAAGACGGUAACGAUGAGGAUGAUCGGCCGUUUCAAAUGAAUCCGAUGGACAGGAACAGAAACGACUAUUCCAGGCCGAUGAUGAAUUCUCGUGACAAUUUCAAUCGGAAAUCGGUCAAUCAAUUCGGUUCGUCGAACUUUAUGAACGACAGUCAGCCGAACGGCGAUAAUUUCAGCAGAAAUCGUUCGAAUUUCCUGAACAGCGACAAUGGGCCGGCCAGUAAUUUCAAUCAAAAUCGGAAUUUCGCCAACGACAAUUUCAACGCGAAUCGAUCCAAUUUCAACGAGAAUAUGCGAGGAAGUGCGGGCAAUUCGCAGCAACAGAACUCCUUCAAUUUCCAAGCGAAUCGAAGGAAUCCGUUCGACAGGUCGACGUUUGGUAACAAUUCGAAUUUCGGCAACGACAGCAACAAUUUCCCGCAAAGUUCGUCAUCGAAUUUCGGUGGCAGUAACAACAACUUCGGAAAGAACUUCAACCAGCCAAUGGCCAACGGUCAAUUCAACAACGACAGCUGUGGAUUUAAUGAGAGAAGUGAUGAUCGGAACAAUUUUGGUGGCGACAGUUCGAACGAUUUUUGUCGUCGAAGGAAUUUCCAAGACUACGACGGACCAAAUUUCACAGACAUCUCCAACUCUCAAUCAAACUAUCGUAACAACAGUCGACCGGACGACAACAAUUUCGGUCAAAACAAUUCCCAGCCCUUCAACAAUGUACAAAACCGUGGCGGACUUCCAGCUGACUCCUUUACAUCGGACAAUGCAAAAGACGAGGAUUUCUUCCGGCCGACCAAAGUCAUUGACUAUUCGGCGAACAGCAAGCGACCCACAACAACAAUGCAAGACGAUGAGGGCAUCAAACCGAUGAAAGUAGUCGAUUACGGUCAUCACACAAUGGGAAUUGUCUCGCGACCGCAAAACUUAUCGCGACCUCGACCAUCCAACAAAUACCUCGCCGGUGACGAUUUCUUUCCAGUCAAGACAAUCGACUACAAUCACUCGUCCAACAAGCAUAUGAUUAAGGAGUACUACUACAGCAUCGUGUCCAAGUGGGAUCCGAACACAAGCAAUGCAAAGUCGCAACAAUUGCAACAAUCGCAACCGAUUCCGAACAGAAGUGUUGUAAUAGAUGUUGGGAGUGGUGGUGGCGUUAGUGGUAGUGGUGGCAACAGCGAUCCAAUGAAACCAAAAUUCCAACCGAAUAGAAGGACAAAGGAGCUGAAGGAGAUCACCUACGAGCAAUUGUCAUCGAUUAAUACGGCGACAAAGCAGGGCAAGAGAUUUAAACGAACGCUAAUCAUGAAGCGAAGCACGGUGAACGACUAUCCCAUUGGCCAUAAAUUCUAUCCGUCGAUAAAGUGGCAAUUAUUAAAUGAGGAAAGCCGGAAGAGGCCGUGUUUGCCGACGAAACGCGGCAAAAGGAAACGGAAAGACGGCCAAAUUAUUCCGUUGAAUAAAGCCAUCCCUGCACCCGAUUCACUGAAUGACUACGAAGAAAUUCUCUCCAAUGACGACGAUUCGCUUGAAGAGUACGAGGGAACGUUGGAUAAUGGUAAAGCUGAUGCAAGGACAGACUAUCGAAAAGUGAAUGCUGCUGCUACAAAACCAUCAACUGGUCGGCCAAUGAGACAAAAUGUUGUACUGUUGGAAGACAUCAUAUACAAUCCGGGUAGACAGGGACGGCCACACAAAAUUGUGAUAAUUAUGAGAGGACCGCCAGGUUCGGGCAAAACUUUUUUGGCGAAAUUGAUAAAGGACAAGGAAGCCGAAAAUGAUGGCGUAGCCGUUCGUAUUCUCAGUAUCGACGACUAUUUCAAAACGGAAAUCGAUGAGGUCAGGAAGUGUCCAGAGACCGGUAAAAAUUUAAACGUGAAGCGAAUGGUUUACGAAUACGAAGAAGACAUGGAGGACACGUACAUGCAAUACUUGAUGAAAUCGUACAAAAAAACGGUGGUCGACGGACUGUUCGAUUUUAUCAUUGUCGAUUCCAUUGCGUCCACACUGCGCCACUACACCGAAUUUUACAAUUUUGCUAAAGCGUACGCGUUCACGCCGUACACAUGCGAAAUGGAAAUGGAUGCCGAUACCUGCUUCAAACGAAACAUUCACCAACGAACGCUGGACGAAAUCAGGCGCUAUUGUAAUAAUUGGUCGAAGACGCCGGAACAAUAUCUGAAAUUGGACUACGACAGUUUCGUUCGAGAUGCGGGACAUGUCGACCAGGAAAAUUAGGUCUGCGUGAGAAUGUUGGCUGCGGGGAUGUAUGGCAUUGUCAAUUUUGCGAUCAUGAUUGUUUAGUCAGUAAGGAAAUAAAAACAAAUUAAUUUCUCAAAGAAUG